UAAUAAUAGACAAUAACAUUUACACAUGAGAAACUUUUUACCUGACGUUGUUAGGCUACAGUUUUAAGAGAAAUUUUGUAUAUCGUAAUAUAUUUGUAGGUAUUAUAUAUAGAUCAAUAAUGCCUCGUAAGAGAACUACUCGUGUUAAGGCCGUGGCACAGCCACCGAAAGGAAUAGUUAAAAUUGCCGAGGGCAUGUCGGAGAAUCAAAGAAAUGACCAACUUACAAUUAUCUUGAGAGAUUUCGACAGUAAAGGUAAAUUAUAAUUUCUACCGAAACCCAUUACUCACUCAAAUCACUAGUCACUAGUAUUAUUAUUUCUAUUAGCCCAAGCCUAGGGUUUUGCAACCUUUUCGGGCUUUAUUAACUCUGCACUCCCUACUAAUACUGAUACUAAUAGGCUUAACUUAAUAACAGUUAGUUUCGCCAAGUCUCACACCAUCUGCCAACUGUGAAUAUUUAAUGGUCAUGAUCAAAGAUGGGUAAUAUAGAAUAAUUUAUAUAUUAUUAUCCCAUUUAGUAAUUUUGGUAAUCUACCACUUGAGCGUUGGCCAAGAAAAAAUCCAGCUGUAAAUAUCCGAAGUGAUUAUUUGCACAUAACGCAUGGUGUUAUUCGAAGAUUUCUGUCUGUAGAUAAAUCUCAGUCUCAGCAUUAUGCGCAGAUUCGCUGCUGGUCGUGUAAUUUUCGUCUUAUGUCAUUUCUUUUUUAAAUGUAUCAAAAUGAAUCUUAAAUUUGUUUGCAUUUACACAUAUAUUUUCAAAAUAUGGCAUAACUUAGUAUAACAUUUUUGAUAAAAAUAAAAUUAACCAGUAUAUAAUAUAUAAUUUAAUUAAUAAAUUUUAACCCAUUUUCACCAUUUUGAAGCUAAUACUAAUACUCUUUUUUUACAUUUUUUUAUAUAGAAAAGUGAUUCUUGUGAUCAUACUAUUCAAUAUUUAUAUUAAACUAACUUUAGUUUGUAAAUAAAAUUUUGAUUUUAAAAAUGCUUUUCUUUGAUAUAAUCAAUUGUUCUUGGCUAGCUGAACAAAAAAAUUCAAUUUCAGUGUCUAACAAAAAACAUAAUGGUAAAUGCAAAAAAGGGAUGCCAAAAAAAAAGAAGUGCAAAAAACAUCUGAUAAAAAAAAAGGGGGAGGGAGAAGAAUGUGUUAAUUCAACAACAUACCGAAAGAUAGGAGAAUAGGCUAUAAUUGGGAAAUCAGCUAAUUUACAAGAAAAGAAAUGAAAGGGGGAAUAGAAAUGAAAAGGGGGGGGGGGGGGAAGGAAAUUAAAAAAAGGUUUGGGAAGGUUGGUAAAAAAAAUUUUUUUAAAAAACUAUUAUUUUUUUUUUUUUUUUUAAAAAAGGCGAAAAUUUAAUGAACUAAAAUCAGCUGUAAAUCAAUCCCUAUCGGUAUUGGAACCAGGGUUUAGACCCUAUUGGAACCUGAGUUUUGACCCUAUCGGAACCAGAGUUUUGACCCUCUCCCUAACCUUUGCCUAUACUAUUACUAACCUGGGUCUAGGUUUUGACCCUAAAAACUAGGGAAAUGAACAAAAACAAUUUAAAAAAUGGCCAAAAAUAAUUAUAAAAUAAAGAAAUAAUGAAAACCCAACUUAUAGUUUCAUGAAAUAAACUUUUACACACUUCAUCUCAGGUUCCACCGAAAAAAAUAUCCAGAAAAUAAAUAAAAUACAAGGCCAGACAUGAAAUCCAAAUCCAUCAAAUAUGGCGGAAAGAAAUAUGUUAUAAUGACCCAACCAAUGAAAUUUUAAAAUUAUAAUUAAUUUUAAUACAAAACAUGUCUUCGGCGUAUGAAUACUAAUACAUACAAAAAUAAUUAUCUAAAAAUAAACAAAGGGAAUUGACUCUUACACAGCAAUUUGAAUAAACACGCAAAUGAUGUCAUGGAAUCCUUUCUUUGCAUUGACCGACAUAAUUAAUUUUGCUUGACCUAAAAUUAAAACCUACAAUUAUUUAAUCAAUACCAGUUUCAGAAUGAUCAGAAAAGUAAAUGUAUUGGUUAAAACACAGCUGCUGGUCUUAAUAAUUUCAUUCAUAGAUUGUAACAUCCAUUUGUUUUUUCUCUAAUAAUAAAAUAAACAUAACUUCUUCAAAUAUUUUCUUCUCAACAUUGUGUAUUAAAUUUUAGAUAAAUAUCACGUUUUAUUUGUUAAAUUGUAGUUUCUAAUGAGGAUCAUAAAAAGUAUGGACACAAUAUGCCGCUCCAAAAAUAGUUGAAAUAUCACUUGUAAUGACAAUGAAAUGAACAUACUGAAAAUAUAUCUUUGACAUUAACAAUUUUAGCUCUCUUCAAAAAAUGUUGAUAAAUUGAAACAAAAAGCCAUACUGCUAUUGUUGUAACUAUGGGUCUAAAUACAAAAAGCUAUGCUGCUACUGUUGUAACAAUGGGUCUAAAUAUAAAAAGCCAUACUGCUACUGUUGUAGCCAUGGAUCUAAAUAUAUAAAGGCAUAAUCAAAUUAUUUUGAAUCCCACGGUAUAUUCAUAUGAUGCGAGUCUUGGGAAAGUAAAGUUCCCUUCCAGAUCAUGUUGGCCUACCCAUGGGGCAAUGGAAGCAGCGUUUACAAGUUUCUGUGGCUAUGGCUUACCGAGUGUGUGGCCAGCAAAAUGACCAGCCACUUUUACUCUUCCCCAACUAAUGCCAGUUACUCACCAGAGCUAGGUAGGCUCAGGAACACCGUCAAGAAGCAGGAAAAAAUCCUAGCCUUCACCAGGAUUAGAUUCUGGGACCCUCGGUUUGCCAGUCCGGUUGUCGGCAAACCGCGGCUCUUUAGUGACCUGAGUGGGGCUUGGCAAGUCGCCCACAAAUCGGUUUUAACUCCAAAAAACAUGGUUCUUGACAGGUUCUUUAAAAGAAAUGUGGGUCUCAAAAUUUUUUUUAUCUUCCUGAUGAUUUUUGGCUCUUUUGACUAAUGAGUUUGGGGAGCACUGGGCUAGUCGAACGCGCUGCCGCCCCAUUAGUUUAAUUUCUAUUUCUAUGUAGGGCCUAUAUGCCGCUGCCCCUCCCCAUCUCUCACAUGGCCGCCUGAUGCAGCCACCUCUCUGCAUCAUAACACUUGCACGGCAUGACCCUGCAACUAUUUCAGACAGAAAAUUACUGGACUAGGUGAAGUACUAAAAAAAACCAUAUGAUACCCUAUCAAGCUUUGGCAUCAUUUUAAGAGAAGAACCCUCUAUUAUCAGGGCACGAUUUUUUUGUUUAUCACUUGUUGUCAAUGUAUCUAAAGCAAUUUGUUUUUUAAAGAUGGCCUCAUGCCUACCCUCCUCAUUUUUUCACAGGGACCAAGGCACUACCUAUUUUCAGAUUAGUUUGAAAAUUACUCAGCAAAUUAACAACUUAGCAGGCGUAAAUGUUACAUAUAUUAUGGUGAUUUAUAAUUUUGCCAUUCUGUUUUUUCAGUGCAAAAUGUUCUAAAGGACAUUGAAAAGAAAAAGCGCUCUAUGAAAGCAGACAUAAUGGCAUGUUUUGAGUCAGAUAUGGCUAUGGUCCCCCAGGUCAGUUUCUUUAUUGGUUCACAAGAAACAUACUUUAAUUAGCACUUGCAUUAUGUUUUAUAAAAAAAAGUUAACUUUACACUGAUAAGCCAAACCCAGCAAAUUUUUUUUUGUUGAAAAAAUGUGUGAAUUACAUAAUUAUCUUUAUAGUUUUCUGUCAUUUUAAGCAAACAAUUAUGUAUUUCUAGCAGAAAAUACUGUCGUUGACAAUUUAAAUAAAAUUAGACGUAGGAUAUCUAUCUAAAUUUCAGUAUUCAUGAAUUAUCAUAAAUUAUGCAUUGCAGACAUAUAACUUACUAAUAAUGCAUUUUGUAACCUAAGGAAAGUAGUUGUAAAUUAUAAAGGUUAUAUAACUAUAUAUGGUAUAACCAUAUAUGGUAUAUCCGUAUGUGUAUAUGUAUAUUUACACAAAUAUGGCAUUUUAAUUUUUUUUUGUUAGGCUUAUGAUUUACAUGAUUAAUUGUGCAAGAGUAUGUUAAAAGGGUGGCUGGCUUAAUUCAUGUAAUAAGUUCAUUACAUAUUAUGUGUUGCGUUGAUACAUUUAAAGCUAGAUAAAAAAUGUUAUGGGACUUAUCAUUUGUUAAGUAAUGACCAUUCUUCUCCAAGCCUCUGAAAAGAAUGUAAUUAACUAAUUAGUGAUUUUUAUGGCCUUAGAGUUUAAAUUUAUCUCAGCAUGAAUUAGUUUAGGUAAUAACUGUCAUGGAACAUGAUUUUUUACUAAUCAUUGUAAUUAACUUGAAUGUCUUGAGAGGGAACAAUUGAAAUGUCUAUGUUGAUAACUUUUAACUGUUGGAACUACUUACUUAUCAAUUUUAAAAGGAUAUUUUAAAAAUUCCUUAAUUUGCAGGAAAUAAAAAAUAUGACACUGAAGGAAUUUGCAAGUAAGUUAUUUUAAAGCUACCUCUUGUUUUUGGCAUUUAUGUUCUCAUUAAGUUGUAAUUGUACCCACAAUAUGUAAAGCCAGCACAAAAAAAAAAAAAACCCAAAGAAGAGGGUGCAACUGAAUUAAAAACAUAGCCCUUUUCCUUCCAUAUGCCAAUCCAAAACGUUCCUAUACAUAUAAAAAAGAAAAUUCAUGCUAAACAUUACAAUAGAGUAUCAGUUAUCCAAACUGCUCCUAUCUCUUUUUUUUUAAAUUAUUGUUACUGAGUAUUAGAAUAUAAUUCUGACACAUUUUACUCCAUCCAUGUAAAAACUUGGUACGUAGUGUAAUGCAGUGACCAGACUAGGACAAUGUGAUCUACAAAAUUGUAAUGCAGUGACCAGACUAGGACAAUGUGAUCUGCAAAAUUAUUAAUUAAAUCAUGGUGCAUAAUGCACGCCUGCAAAGACAAAGGGACCUCAGAUUUUAUUCUAAGGGCCAUUAAUUUAUUUUUGGAGACGACCUCUUAUCAGAAAAGAAAUAUAAUUUCUCUUUGGUUUUUGACAUCAAUCAGCAUGGUUAUUAAACUGUACAGUAAAGUACCAUAGGUGUAUAAGAUAAGAGUAUAUUAUAUUCUAUGCAAUAAUUUCUUUAUUGAAUUAUUUCAUUGGGAGUCUUCAGAUAUCCAAAAUAUAUUUAUCUGAACAACAGAAAACUAUGUAGGUGAACAACCCAAGGUCUCAAUAAGUUCAGAAAAUCACUCUCUGCUGUAAUAAUGCUAAGCCAUAAUAUAGAUUAUGUGCUUUUUCUUAGUUUAAAAGUCACGCGGAACAAUCUGAUUUUAAGAGAAUUUCAGAAAAUUUAGAUUGAUACUGAUAAGCAUCCAUAAAUAGGGAACUUUAUCCUAUUUAAAGAUAUAGAAAAAAAAUUUCAUUCUGUGAGCCGGUUGCUUCCAUGCGGUCUAACUUAAAAUUGAUUUAAAUAAUUUUUCUUGCCUUAAAAAACAUAAGUAUUUAGAUAGUUUCUCAAACUGAUACUUAGGAUUUAUAUCAGACUUUUGCUUUUUUAAAAAAAAAUGUUAAAUUUUUAUAUUUUUAAAAAAAAUAUAUUAUUUUUUUUAAUAUCAGUGGCCGGAGGUGAAAUUAAUGCAGCAGUUAGUUGGGUAAGAGUCCAUUCAAGAAAACUAAAUCGUCGAGAGGAAAUGGAGAGAUUAAAAUGGUAAGAGAUAUAAGAUUAUUUUGCCUCUACUAAAAAAAAUUUUAUAAUGAUCCAAUUAUUUGCUUAUUAUGACCAAUUUCCAUACAAAAAUUCUUGUUAAAAGGUAUUUAAGUUGUAAGUGCCCCUCUUAAUUGUUUUAAGUAAAGCAGCUCAUACUGAAGAAGAGGUCCUGGACAUUAUCAAUGAAGAGAAUUUAGAAGCAACAGAUGUAGUUCAGGAAACUCCAAUGACCAAAGUUAAGGUAAUUAAUAUGUAUUGAAAUCAUAUUGUGAUACAGCCUGGUCUAAUGUCUAACUCAACUCAAGUUUGUUAUUUAAUCUGAUUUUGAUUUUUUUAUGAAUAAAUUACUAGAUUUAUUUUACAAGGCUCAGCCUAAAAAUAGCUGUACAAUUAGACUGCUCUAAUAAAUGAGAAAAGCUUGAUCGUAAAAAGUUGGGAUGCAAUUUAACUUAGUUAAGUAAAUAUUUGUUAGUAUUUUACAUUUUUAAAGUAAAAGUCUUGCACCAUAAGUUUCACAUAAUUACUUUAUGUUGUGAAAAGUUGCUCUGAUUUCCUUUAAAAUGAAUGUAACUUUUUUUUUUUACAGCCGAUGAGGGGCAAAUCAAAAAAUCCUCCACGAUCAAAGUGAGUAAGAAAGUAAAUUUGAAGGAGAGGAGAUAGUUAAAAAUAAAUAAUGUAACAGAGUAGGUAGAGUGUCAGUCCUCAGUAUAGAGAUCUAUAAUAUAGUGCCGUAGGUAGAUUUGUCAGUCAUCAGUAUGGAGAUCUAUAAUAGUGCUGUAGGUAGUGUGUCAGUCAUCAGUAUAGAGAUCUAUAAUAUAGUGCUGUAGGUAGUGUGUCAGUCAUCAUAGAGAUCUAUAAUAUAGUGAUGUAGGUAGUGUGUCAGUCAUCAGUAUAGAGAUCUAUAAUAUAGUGCUGUAGGUAGUGUGUCAGUCAUCAGUAUAUAAUAUAUAUAUACCUUAUAUCUUACUUAUCUUUUUUGGCUAUGAGAUGCUCUAAUUUGAACAAGACAUGGCAUGACAUUCUUGAGGGAUAGAUUAAAUAAUGUGCACCCCCUGUAGAAACAACACUGCCACUGCCAGAGUAGAAAAUUGCUGCCAUUUUUCGCAGUGCAUAUGGUGCAAACACCAGCACCCGAAAUUAAGGAUAUUAAAAUUCAUUUUUGUAUUUGUAUAUUUCCAUUUAGCAGUAAUCUUUAAUUUUUGAAUGUCUGUGUCCUACAGUAAAUUAAUUAUAUAAAAAUUAUUUGGCAGCAUAUUUAGUGAUGCAGAUUAAUGGCUAGUAGUUGGCCAUUAGGUUAUCUUAUAGUAUACAAUCAAAAUAUACAAUUUAUAUAACUUAUGAUUUUCAAUUCAACCUUAAUCUAAUUAGACAGUUAUCUAGCAACAUGUUUAGAACUAGAACAAUUUGUAGGAGCUAAAUAUUUUCAAGAUCUCCUAAUUUGCCAUGUGUUUUUUAUUUAGAUUCAUCACACCUUCCCAUUCAAUUGGCAGAGGUGCCUGGGGCAAGACUCCUCUGAUAACACCCAAGUUUGACCCCAAGUGAGUAUGUGUUUCUAACUUUGGAAAUAUUCUGUGUCUGUUUCUUAGCUCUAUUCCAAGCAACCUUUUAAGUAACAUUGUUAUAAUUGUAAAUGAAAAUCACUCUGCAUCCUUUUUGAUCAUCAUUUUAAAUUUCUUUGCCCUUUUAUGCUUUAACUCGGUAAUACUAAAUAAUUACAUUUUAACUAUGCAUAAAAUGUACUUUUAAAAAAUAAAGAAAAGGCAUUAGUUGUACUGAGUUAAGGCAUUCUUCACAAUGGAUUUAUUAGAUUCCACAGGCCUGCAUGUAAGUGCAACUUGAAUGAACUGUAGCAAACUAAUAGGCGCCAUUCAAUUUUUCCCAGUUCAAACUUUUAACAGAUAUAAUUUAAUUUCUACUCAUCUGUUCUAUUUAUUAGGGUGUAGGUUAUAAUUUCCUUGAUUUUCAUAAAUUUUUUUUGUUUUGUUUUUUACCCCCAGUCUUCCCUCAACACCUGACAACAUUCGUAAGAUGAAGCCAGGAGAAAGGCUUAUGUCUUUAGCAGGAAGUCCAGUAGAGGUUGAACAGCAGGUAAGUAGUAUUUGCGAAUCAUCAUCAAAGAUCAUUCUAAGCUUUUAUUGAGUUGUUUUUGUUGUUUUUUUUUUUAAAAUAUACAUUCAAGAAAUUUUGACUGUGUAUUGUUAAGUAUAUAAACUCAAUAGACGGGAAAGAAAUAACUCCAUUGAAAAUAUGUCUAACAACAUCCAAUAAUGAAAAUUCAAAGUUUGGACUCCUCUUUCAUCGUGAACCGCUAACACCUACAUCUGAUUAUGCACUGAAACUUAAAUUAAAAAAAGUCUCUCGGGUUUUUUUUUUUUUGGUUUUUUUAAUUCUUGAAUAAAGACUGACGCAGAGACACAAUUUCAAUAGGUUUUUUAGGUGACAGUUUGCCUUCAAUGAAAUCCAAACAUGAAGUAACACUGUCGGUGGUAAUCAUAUUUUCACUUGCUUCAAUUGUUUGUAAGUUGAUUUAUUUAUUUUUUCUCUCCAUUUUAAGCAACACACAGCCAUCAGAGGAAGGGGGAUAAAAAAAGAAAUAGCAGCCCAGAUGUCAGAUAUUGUAGGAGUAGAUAUAACGCCCAAUCGUGUUGAGAAAAUGUUGAGCUUAGUGGCAGAAACCAUCAAUGCGGCUAAUAGAAAGGUUUGAGGUUGCCUGACAAGAUCUGUGAUGCCUUACGGCUGGACGCAUGCCUAAAAUGAAAGCUGUGAAAGCUCCAAACAAUUAUGAGGGAAGGAUUUUUCAAACCGUAACAGCUUUGUAGUCUCACUAUUUUUAGAGAUUAUCAAGUGUGUUGAAGUACAUUUUUGUUAAGUAAUCUUUUCUUUCCCAUAUGUUCUUUGAAAUACUUAGUUUUAUUUUCAAGGCCAUUUUAAGGCAUUAAACAUUGUAGAAUUUUCCAUGAAAAUAAAUUAGUUUUUGAAUAAUGUGUUCUAGUGGCACCCUUACUCUAUCGAUGUAUCAAGUAAUGAAUGAUUGCAUAAAUUCUGGUUUAAAUGCAAGUCAUGUUAACUUUGUUUUCUAACACACUAGUUUAAAGAUUUUACCUUUUUAGACAUUAAACAAGACAUAUGAAGCUGGCAUUGAACUACACUUAUGAUGGCUACAUCAAACAACAUUGAUGAUGUUCUUUGUUUAUAUGCACCACUCAUCUAGAAAUAUUGAGGAUGAGUUUGUAACUGGUAGCUAAUGGUUGUGUGUUCAAAUCACAAUUGUAUUUGAUAUGUGAGGUGGAUUGGUUAGCUCUACAUUAGUCUGAAUUUACAAUGUAAAUUGACACUUUGACAUUGUACUGCAUGCGUCUCAAAGAUAAUAAAUUGAGUCGAUUGUUUAUUUCUAUGUUCAGCAAUUAGGAAUCGGCUAAUAACUGAUAUCUUUAGCUCCGAGCAGUCAAUUGCUAUCUUCACUUCCGAGUAGGCUAUGACGGUUGGCAUGGUAAACAAUUUGAAGAUAUUCUGCAGAAUCAACUAGACUCUAAAACCACAUAUUUUUCAUGCAGCCACAAUACAACAAUUUUCAAAGGAUAGCAAUUAUGAGAUAAUGUUCCUCUAAUGCAGCACUUUUUAUUUUCUUGUAUUAUGAAUGUUAAUAAUGUCAUCAGAGAUGAAAAAUUUAAGUAAGUUUGUACAAAUAAACAUUUGCCAUAUGUGUGUGUGUAAAAGUUUUUCCUUUACUCUGUAGUAGACAAUAGUGCUUGUGUUCAUUACACUGUAAAUUAAUUACUGUAAUUUACAGUUUCAUCAUAAGCCAAUACACAGGUAUUUUGUCAUCUUAAUUUUGCUAACUUUUUCUCAGUUCUAUUUAUCUUGUGUAUAUAUUACAAAUACUUGUGACAGACUGAUGUGUUUUGCGCCGUCUUGUCAACCUUAUGUGUUUUGUUAUACUAUCUUAUCUUGUG